GUUUAGGCUGAAACUCGUCUGUCCCGGGAUUUAUUGAGUACGAAAUAAAGGAACACAACAACAACAACAAGUAUGGCUGCAAAUGGAAUUUUGAGAAAUUUAUCAAAAUUUAAUACGCAUUUUCGGUUAUGUGAAAGGUCAACAGUUUCAAGACUAUCAGACAUAUGUAAAUCAUGCAGACAGCAUUCUACAAGUAUUACUGAAAAUCAGUCCAGGGACAAACACAGAAAGUUGCUUUCAACAGUCAAGUCACCUCUGAUACAACAUGCAAGGAGCAUGUUUAUACAAACACAAGACACACCAAAUCCAAACUGCUUGAAGUUUAUUCCUGGAGUAACGGUUUUAGAGUCUGGUACUAAAGAUUUCCCAAAUGGUCAGGCAGCAUUUUGUUCUCCACUAGCAAAGCAGUUGUUUCGUAUUCAAGGUGUAAAGGCUGUUUUCUUUGGACUUGACUUUAUAACUAUUACCAAGGUAGAUGAUGAUAUGGAUUGGUCUGUGAUAAAGCCGGAUGUUUUUGGAACAGUGAUGGAUUUCUUCGCCUCAGGACUUCCUGUACUAGAUGAGAAUGCAGCACCAUCACCAGAUACAUUGGCAUGUGAUGAAGAUGAUGAGACGGUGUCAAUGAUAAAAGAACUGUUAGAUACAAGGAUAAGACCUACAGUACAAGAAGAUGGCGGCGAUAUUAUAUUCAUGGGGUAUGAAGAUGGAGUGGUGAAAUUAAAAAUGCAGGGUUCAUGUACAGGUUGUCCUAGUUCAACAGUUACCCUGAAAAAUGGUGUACAGAAUAUGCUUCAGUUUUAUAUACCUGAUGUAACAGAGGUUAUACAGGUGGAAGAUGAAUCUGAUGAAGUUAUCAACAGUGAAUUUGAAAAGCUUGAAAAAAAGUUGGGAGAAAAAUCAACUGACGAUACUUGAGGAAUGGUACUAACAGUUUCUAUUUAUUCCAGAUUAUGGUUGAUGAUGAAGAAGUGUCUGAUGAAGAACAGGCUGCUUAGUUGGACUUUGAUAUUAUCAAUGAACUAUUUAUUCAUAACCAAACUCUGUGCAUUAUAAGUGCUGCAUUAUAAAGGGCGUUGUUGUGAAUUAUUUCUCUUUGUGAAUAAUUAAUUGAUGUAUGUCUUAUUUUAAAAUAUAAGAUGUUUUUUAUUAUUAAUCAAAAUGUUUUCUUUUGUUUGUUUAUAAAUCAAUAAAUUGUUUUUUAUGA